AUCACGUUGCUUUAGAAGGAAACAAAAAGUACACAACUCUGUCUCCAACACUUUGACUAUGUCGUAGGUAAUUCUUUCCACAAAAAACUUUGUUCUUGAAGCAAAAAUUACGUUUCAACUUUCUCAAUUCCGCGUUUCAGAUCUAGAAAAACCAUAACACCCAUUACUCAUUUUGGUUACAAGAAGCUUCAACUUAGUCAAAGUUUAAGUCUUUCCUUGUAAUUUUCUUCUAUAAGUUGUUUUUGUUGAUUAAUUAUAUAAAUAUUCAAUUGGGUGCUCAAUUCAUUGAAAAAAGUGAUUCAUCAACGACAAAAAAAUUGAUUCUUUGUGGGUGGUGAGAGAAGGUGAAUAAUGGGGUUGAUUGGUAUCCAAGAAAAUGGGAAUGGAAAUGGAGAUUUGGUAUCUGAGAUUCCAUUGGGAACCAAAACCAAGUACAUUAGGAUGACAUCUGAUGAUUCAACUGAAGAACAAGAACAAGGGUUGCCAACUAACAAGCAUGAUUCCAAGAAAUAUAUUUUUGCAUGUGCCAUUUUUGCUUCUCUCAAUUCUGUGCUUCUCGGCUAUGACGUGGGUGUUAUGAGUGGAGCGAUUAUAUACAUUCAAAAGGAUUUGAAGAUAACAGAAGUUCAGCAAGAAGUACUAGUUGGAAUUUUGAGCAUAAUAUCACUUUUGGGUAGUUUAGCUGGAGGAAGAACAUCUGAUUGGAUCGGCAGAAAAUGGACAAUUGGUUUGGCAGCCCUUAUCUUCCAAACAGGUGGAGCUAUUAUGGCUCUUGCUCCAUCCUUUAAAGUAUUGAUGAUAGGUAGACUCAUAGCAGGUGUAGGUAUAGGUUUCGGCGUCAUGAUUGCACCUGUUUAUAUCGCCGAAAUUUCUCCUGCCAUUGCUAGGGGAUCUCUGACCUCUUUCCCUGAAAUCUUCAUUAAUUUUGGAAUCCUUCUCGGCUACAUAUCAAACUAUGCAUUUCAUAAGCUUCCACCGCAUAUAAAUUGGAGAAUAAUGCUUGGUGUUGGACUUAUUCCUUCGGUUAUUAUUGCUGUUGCACUUUUUAUCAUACCUGAAUCCCCAAGAUGGCUUGUGGUGCAGAAUAGGAUGGAAGAAGCUAAAUUAGUACUGUUAAAGAUAAGCGAAAGUGAGAAAGAUGCAGAAGAAAAGUUGCAAGAAAUUCAGAAAGCCGCUGAAUCAGGAAAUGCCGAGAAGUAUGAAACAAAAACAGUAUGGCAAGAAAUAUUGCAUCCUUCUCCUCCUGUUCUAAGAAUGCUUAUAACCGGUUGUGGCAUUCAAUGUUUCCAACAAAUUACAGGCAUUGACACGGUGGUAUAUUAUAGCCCCACAAUUUUCAAGAAUGCUGGAAUCACCGGGGACUCCGAGCUUCUUGCAGCAACUGUUGCUGUUGGAUUCACCAAAACAUUGUUCAUCUUGAUAGCUAUACUUCUGAUCGACAAAUUGGGGAGAAAGCCUUUGCUUUACGUGAGCACGAUCGGGAUGACAGUAAGUUUAUUUAGCCUGAGUUUCGCUUUGGCUUUCCUAGGCCACGCCAAGGUUGGAAUCGCUUUUGCGAUUCUCGCAGUUUGUGGAAAUGUAGCUUUCUUCUCAGUAGGACUUGGUCCAAUAUGUUGGGUUCUGUCAUCCGAGAUAUUUCCUUUGAGGCUUAGAGCUCAAGCAUCAGCUCUUGGAGCAGUUGGAAGUAGGGUUAGCAGCGGCGUGAUCUCAAUGUCCUUCCUUUCAGUCACCAACGCGAUAACAGUAGCGGGAACUUUCUUUGUUUUUGGUGUUAUUUCAUGCAGCGCUGUUGCAUUUGUUCAUUACUGUGUUCCAGAGACAAAAGGAAAGAGUUUGGAAGAAAUUGAAGUGCUCUUUCAAAACGCAGGUGAAUCGAUAGGAAAUGAGGUAGAAAUGGCAGAUGCGGAGCGUCUGAUGCAGAAGUCAUGAGUUGGUGGCAGGAAAAUAUUUUUCUUCGGUAAUGGCAUUACUGCGUUUACCAGAUAUAUACACAUAUAUUCAUUUGUAUUGUGAUUAUGUUUUACAGUUUGUCUUUUUAAAUAGGCAAAUGUGUUUGUAAGUAGUUUUGUUAGUAUUUAGGGAUCGAAUCCUAGACCCCGUGCUUAAAAUUCUUCUGGUGUUCCCUAUGCUUCACUGUUGAACUUGAACCAGUCAAAAAUCAAGCAAUUUUUCAAUAGUUUGUACCAAAAACAUAUUACAAAUAAGAA